ACCUAUUACAGGAGCUGAUUGAAGUACAUGGAAGCUUAAAAAGGUUAGAAAUGUAUUUUUUUAAAAGUCAUAGUUACUGAAAACACACUGGACCAGAAGGCCUGAGUGGUUUGACAUUUAGGAAAAAGGAUCUCACUCUCUCUCUCUCUGUGUCUCAACACUCUUCACUGGGUUAAAGCUGUUGAAAGGGACCAUGGCAGUGGCUGCUAAUGCUACAUGAUCUAGGGUGGACUUACACCUACAGCCCAUGCUCGCUAAAGGACACACAGAGAGACGGGCUUUAGCAAAUGAUUUGAGAUGAAAUAUUUUGCUCCAUGGAUCUUGUUACCUUAACUUGGACUUUGCGGGGAUGUCCAAAGGGAUUCCUUUCGGCUUUUAUGGCAAAAGUGAGUCCCCGGUGCACCAGCCCAGGUCAGACAGCCUCCACUGAAUACUCCCUGUGAGCCCAGAGAUAUCUGAACCAAUGGAGUCUUUCAGAAGAGGCCUUUAAUAACUGCAGCUCAUCUUGAUACGCCAGUCAAUUACCAGAUAAAAAGUGCAGCCCGUAAAGAAGUGUGAAAAGAAUCAAGAUGGCAGGACGCCCUGGAUCCAGUCCCAGUCUCGAAAUCCCUUCCAAGAGGCCCAAAGUCACCAAGGACCAAGUUGUUCCAGACACUGGGGCUGCAACGCAAGAACCUGCACCGCCAGCUUUCAUCCGUAAACUUCGCAAGGCAGCAGUGGGAACAGGCUGUGACAUCCGACUGAGGGUGUCUGUGGCAGGAUUUCCAAAACCUUUGCUGACCUGGUACCACAACGAUGAGCUCCUACCUGCAUCAGAAGACCAGGACUCAGGGGGACUAUGGAUACGGGACUGCCGCACAAGCGACGCUGGCUUGUAUACCUGUGUGGCGACCAAUGAGCUGGGAGAGGAAAGCUGCAGUGCUGUCUUGGCCAUUAUGGACCUCGGUGAAGACUCUGAGACCACAGAGGAUGAGACCACAGAACCUCAGAUGGAAACCAAAGAAGGGCCCGGGAGGCACCAAGACAAGGCUGGACGGAGAGGACCUUCAGGUGAGGGAGGACGGCUGAUGGACUAUAACCCAGAUGCUUCAGAUCGCAGGGCCACCCUCCCUGGCGCUUACGACCCUGUAGUCGAGCGAGAGCUCCGCACUUUGGGCUCCCGCCCUCCGGGGCCCCACUUGGACCCCACAAACCCAGCCAGGACUCAAACUGCUGAUGAAUCACAGGGGCUGUCCUCCCACGUCCCCCUGCCUUCUCCCCAGCCACCUCUCACUACACAAAAAAACAGCUUCAGUGCCCCAAACCAAGACCUGGAUAAAACCCAACCUUCAGAUCCCUGGUCUUCUAAAACAGACCAGUCAUCUGGUGUUAACAGUGUUGUUAUGACACCCAAACUGGCUCGUGCAGGGCCCAAGAUCUUUGACAAGGUCCGCGCUUUUGAGGAGCGAAGGGCGAGCGUGGAUCUGCCAGGAGGAGUCGGAUCAGUUUCAGGAUUUGGACGGGCAGCUUCAUUUGACUCAGACGACGGCGGAAAGAAGACAGGAGGCCCCAGCAAAGAGGAUGGCCGAAUCCUGCAGGGCGCAGCCCAGAAGCGAGCAGUGUUCAAGCAGCGGGCCUCUUCUUUAGAGGACAAGACAAGCUACUCCCAGAGGGUCCAGAGCUACCAGAGCAAGUUCGCAGAAGAGCUCCAGAGGAUCAAGAAACUUGUGGGGAAACCAAGCUUGAAGAAGGCAUAUUCUACAGAGCAGCUGUCGCAGAAAGAGAGGCUGACUAUGGGGAAACUAGAGCCCAUUCCUCCCCAAGUGGUUAAAAAGUUGGAGGCAAGGGAGCGGGUCCUGGAGGAAAGAGAAGCUGGAGAGAGGGAAGGAGGCAGCAGAGUGCCGAUUCCUCCCCAGGCCCAAGGCAAAGGUCUGGAGAAUCAAAGUAACAACCCUGAAAAGGAUAAGAUGACACAGCCAGAUCCACAGGGGAAACCAGCGGACAGCUCAUCACGAGGAAGCACAGGGAAAAUCUCAGUUACCAUGGAGACCGCACCAGUUCACCAGUUACCAGGGCAACCAUUGCCAACAGCCACAAGGACAAAGCUCACCAGGGAAAAACUACAAAGCUCUCCAGCAGCUGACAAAGACACACUUGUUGCCUCGUCCCACAAAUCUUCGUCCUCCUCCAGAAACCUGGAGACGGAUUCAAAGAGAGACACCAAGAUGGACAACAAAGCAGACCACACAUCACCCAGCCCGAAUGGGAAGAGAGCAUCUCCAGUCACUGUGAGGGAACCAGGGUGUCAAUAUCCACCCAAGCCCCCUCGGCUCACCCCAUCACCUACUCCCUCCACAAGCCCUCUCCUGAAAAGGAGGAAGGCAGAGGUGGGACGAACGUCUCCUGCCUUGAAAGUGAGCAUCCCCACCAUCCUGGUGGAGGAUGAACCCAUGGAGACAGAAUGUGUUGCGGACAGGAGCAACGAGGAAAACAAGACCAGGAGGAAAGAGGGGAGAGCUCACAAGAGCAAGAGAAGUCGCUCUGCUCAACCCCGGUCUCCAGAGGAAGGGGGCUCGUCCGAUGACUCUUACCUGUCUGCUGAUGAGGAUCCAGCUGAGGGCCCGGGGUUUGAGAGGCCUCUUGAGGACACCACGGCACCCAGCGGCUCAGAGGUCACACUGAAAUGUGUCAUCACUGGGAGCCCACUCCCUACAGUGACAUGGAGGAAGAAUAAUGUGGAGAUACGGAGCGAUGCCUUCCAUGUGGUGAAGGCUGAUGGUGAGAAGCACAGUCUGGUGAUAAAGCAGAUGAGGCCGAACAACGCCGGGUCGUACUGCGUCACAGCUGUCAACGCAGCGGGCAGAGCGUCCUGCAGCGCCAUGCUCUACAUCCAGUCAGAGCUGACCCACACCCAGUGUGGAAAACCAGCCGAGUCCCUGGAAGUCAGUAGUCCCGUCCAGUCGGAUGAGGAGUACCUGAGUCCUCAGGAGGAGGCGAUGGAGCUCGGGGACUCACCUGCCCUGAGUAAAAGUGUCCGCUUCAAAGAGCCUCCCUCGUUUCAGGUGGCACCAUGUGACCUGGGGAUAACUGAGGGUCAAGAUGUCAUCAUCUCAGCAAAGGUCAGAGGUCAGCCCAAACCCAUGGUUUACUGGCUGAAGGACAGAGUCACAAUAAAGACGGCGGGGCGCUUCGCUGUGCGAGAGACAGACGAUGGCACCAGUGAAAUGAGAAUCAGCUCAGCUCACAGGUCGGAUGCAGGGUUUUACGUCUGCAAGAUCAUCAACGAGCAUGGAUCCAAGCAGGCGGAGUGCAGAGUGGAGGUCAUCGCGGCUGCAGCACGGGCAGCGCUGAAAAUCACUAGGGAGGUAAAAGACCUGGCGGUGAAGGCUGGAGAGUCGGCCAUGUUCGAGUGUCACAUCACAGGACCUCUGGAUGUGGAUGUGGACUGGCUCUCCAAUGGGAAGCUGAUCCAACCAGCACUGCUCAACUGUAAGAUGCACUUUGAUGGAAAGAGGUGCCGUCUGCUGCUAAAUUCAGUGCAUGAGGAUGAUAGUGGGACAUACACUUGCAAGCUAAGCACUGCCAAAGAGGAGCUGACCUCAAGCGCAAACCUGAGGGUCACUCCAUCCAAAGAGCCUCUGUUCACCCGCAAACUGGACAUCCUGGAGGUCAUUGAAGGCCGCACUGCCCGCUUUGACUGUAAGGUGAGCGGAUCACCUGCUCCACGAGUCACAUGGAUGCACUUCGAGACACGAGUGGAGGAGAGUGAUAAUGUUCGCAUCCUUCAAGAGAGGGGUCGUCACUCACUUGUCAUCAGCCACGUUAGCAGCAGCACAGAAGGCUUCUACACAGCAAUCGCUCAAAAUAUUCACGGAAAGUCUGAAUGUACCGCCGAGCUCUACAUGCAAGAGCCCCGAGCUGCCAUCUCUUCUCACAUGGCCAAGUUAGAGAAGAUGCCAUCCAUCCCCGAGGAGCCUGAGGUGCUGGAGAGUGAGGUGGAGAAGCGGACCAUGCCGGACUUUGUCAAACCUCUGGCUGAUGUGGAGGUCAUUGAAGGCAAAGAGGCGGUGCUGAAGUGCAAGGUGGCAGGGAUGCCCUACCCAGCCAUCGCCUGGUACCACAACAGCAAGCGCAUCGAGAGCAGCGAAGAACGCAAAAUGACCCAGUACAGGGAUGUCCACAGUCUGGUCGUUCGGAGCGCUUGUCACGCUCAUGGGGGCGUCUACAAGGCCGUCAUCUCCAACAAAGUGGGCAAAGCAGCUUGCUAUGCACAUCUAUACAUUACAGAUAUCGUUCCUGAUCCUCCUGAUGGUCCUCCAGUGAUUGAAACCAUCACAGGGAAAACUAUAAGCCUCAGCUGGAAGAGACCAAAGAGGCUUGACCCUUCAUUUGAUGCCAGCUCCUUGCUAUAUAUGGUCCAGCAGCAGCCCCUGGGCUCUAUUCAGUGGUCUGUGGUGGCAUCUAACCUGAGGGAGACCAACUACACGGUCACCUCCCUGUCCAAGGGAGUGCGCUACGCUUUCAGAGUCCUGGCAUCCACCGGCAAGACACUGAGCAAACCGUCACCGUCCACUGAUCUGGUCCAGCUGCUGGACAGAGGGCCCUAUUUGAGGAAAGCACCAGUCAUUUUGGACAAACCAGAUAUUGUGUAUGUAGUUGAGAACCAACCUGCGCGCGUCACCAUCACACUAAACCACGUGCACGCAGUUAUCACCUGGAAAAGGAGGGGGGUGGUGCUGAUCAACAAACCAGGGAUGUGUGAGAUGAGCAUGCCAGACGACGAUCAGCACACCCUGAAGUUCCAGCGGGUCAGGAGCACAGACAUCGGCCAGUUGGUGGUCACGGCCAGCAACCAGUUUGGCAGUGACCUCUGCACGCUUCAGCUGGCCAUGGCAGUGCCUCCUAAGUUUGAAACCAUCAUGGAGGACGUGGAUGUGCACGUCGGGGAGACGACACGUCUGGCUGUUGUGGUUGAAGGGAAACCAGACCCAGAUAUUCUGUGGUUUAAGGAUGAUGUGCUUCUCUCUGAAAGCAGCCACUUCACAUUUGUGUACGACGACCCAGAAUAUUCCCUUGUUGUCCUCAAUGCCCGCCCCGAACACUCCGGUGUGUACACCUGCACUGCGAAGAACCUGGCCGGCUCCAACUCCUGCAAGGCUGAGCUCACAGUUCACACAGAGCGAAAAGAAGAGGCAGAGCCAAUGGAGGACGAGGGAACCAUUCUGAGGAAGAUGAGGCGUUUGACGGAUUACUAUGAUAUCCACAAAGAGAUAGGGAGGGGAGCCUUCUCUUAUGUGAAGAGAGUGACUGAGAAGAAGGGAAAGGCCGAGUUUGCCGCCAAGUUCAUUUCUGCGCGGGGGAAGAGGAAAGCCUUGGCCCUCAGAGAGAUGGACCUGCUGUCUGAGCUGGACCACGAGAGGAUUCUCUACUUCCAUGAUGCCUUUGAGAAGAAGGACAUGGUGGUGCUCAUCACAGAGCUAUGUCACGAGGAGUUUCUGGAAAGAAUGGCCAAAAAAACAACAGUCAUGGAGCUGGAGAUCCGCCGUAGUGUUCAGCAGGUUUUGGAGGGCCUUCGUUAUCUUCACCAAAAAAACAUUGCCCACCUUGAUAUAAAGCCAGAAAAUAUUUUAAUGGCAAGUCCCGGGAAUGACCAGAUCCGGCUUUGUGACUUUGGAAAUGCCAUGAAAUUGGAGACUUCAGAGGAGUACUACUGCAAAUACGGCACGCCAGAAUAUGUUGCACCAGAGAUUGUUAACCAAACUCCCGUCUCCACGGCAACAGACAUAUGGCCUGUUGGUGUCAUCACUUACCUCUGCCUGACUGGUGUGUCUCCUUUUGCUGGUGAGAAUGACAGAGCCACUGCCUUAAACAUCCGUAACUACAAUGUGGCGUUUGAGGAGAGCAUGUUUUCUGACCUCUGCAAAGAGGCAAAGGGAUUUGUCAUCAAACUUUUGGUGGUGGACAGACUGAGGCCCAGUGCUGUUGAGUGCCUUCGUCAUCCUUGGUUCAAGUCACCAACAAACAAGAGCAUCAGCACAGCUAUGCUGAAGCAAGUUUUGUCUAGAAGGCGAUGGCAGCGUUCCCUUAUCAGCUACAAAGCUAAGAUGAUUAUGCGGUCCAUCCCAGAGCUCCUGAAUGACUCAUCCAGCCACGUCUCCAUCGCUGUGGCCCGGCAUUUAAAAGAAGGCUCCCCGCCACUUUCGUCCUCCUCUGACUCAGAUGCAGAUGUGGAUGAGCUUCCUUUCAUUCCUAUGCCACUGUCCAUGGUCUUUUCUGGUUCCAGAGUCUCACUUAAUGAGAUCCCAGGGGACGAAGAUGUCACUGGAUGGCCCAGUAUUGCUGCUGAUGGGACAAGGAAAAAGGACAAUAUGGAAGUAGCAAGUACAAGAGGAGAAGCUAGUAAAAGGUUGAAAGAUGAAGAGGAAAAUACAAAUGGGGAGAAAGUGGAAAAGACCAAACGAGUUCCUCUAAAAAAAGGAUCAAGUGUGGAGUCAGAUGAAUCAGAAACAAAAGCGAGGAGGGCUACAAUGAGGAGAGGAAGCUCUGCUGAUUCAGCUCUGCUUCUCCACAUUGACCCAGAAGAGGAAAAUGCCAAUGAGGACUCAGAGGCAAGUAACAAAAGUCUGAAAAAGGCUGUUUCUAUGGAACUACCCAAUCGCAGCUCAAGCCCCGGGGGGGCAAAAUUAAGCCAGGAGGAUUAUGCUCUAAAACUGGAACUGAUGAGACAGAGGCUGCUCAGAGGAGGAAGCAUGGACAAAAAGAUGAGCGGCCUGCGAGGGCCCUUGUUUGAAACACUGGGCAUGGAAGAUGAGAGGCAAACGGGGUCUCUUGAUCGAAAUUUGAGGAGAUCCAGAGCAGGACCAUCAGCAUUCACCAGAGCAGCGUCUUCUGAGAGUCCUGGAGAGGACACACCAAAGACCAAAGUUUUUCGCAAAAGCGCCUCCUUUAGUCAGGGGGAUUCUGAACCCAUGCCACUGCACCGCAGGUUUGGAGCGCCCCUGGAGAUCCCAUCUAUGGGCAACGGUAGCAUAGAAGGGAAAAAGCUCCAGGAGGCAACCUCAAUGUCCGCUCUAACAGAACAAACAACACUGGGCUCUACAUCUACCUCCCCCACAGAGAAGAAAUUAUUUGUACUCCCAACACCAGGAGUGGACCAACAGCAAAAACAGAACAAUGUGAAAGAACCUGAAACCAUAGACGGGUUAACAGAGAAAAGGACCAAAGCCCAUUUAGAAGAGACAGAGAAAGUAGAGUCUGAGUCUACAUCACCCUCUGUAAUUACUACUAUAAUUGUGACAGAGGAGGAUGAUGAAGAGGAAGAGAGGAAAGAAAAUCAGGAGUCAUCUGUCCAUGUGCCAUUUCAAACAUCCGACAAGACCCAGUCCAAAGAUCCUUCAGCUACAGCCAGGCCAAAUGUUACGAUGUGCACAGAUAGCCCUACAUUACCUGAGCAUCCCGCAGUAUUUGCCAAAGUGGCAGCUGCUGACCUGUCUCCUGGUUCUGUUUCCACAUCAUCAAAUCCUGAUCACCCUGUCACCCCCCGCCAGCCUGUGCUCAGAACAGACAUCAAAGACAUAGACUCUGAAGAGGUGUUUGAAGCCAGGUUUAAGAAACGAGAGUCAUCUUUGACCCGUGGACUCAGAAAACUGACCAGAAACAAAUCAGAGGAGAAAUCCCCGGUACUAAGCCGGAGGGCGGUCGAGGGGGGUGAAGAGGUUUACAGGCCGGGACCAAGGGGGGCACCUCUUGAAAUGGUAUCCAGGGGGCUACAGGAGAAAUCCAAAUCUGUUCAAGAUUUAAGAGAAGAAGAUAAGGAAACAGGUCUUGGUCUAAUUGGGAGGUUGUCCUUACGGGCAAAGAGGUCAACAUCCGUUGAUAAGAAGGGUGAGAAACAAAAGGAGGAAAAGCAUCAGGAUGUGAAGGAAUCUGCUGCAAGCAAGAGGGUUUCAUGGGCUAUUGGUCGCAGUAAGUCCCUGGAUACAAAAGAGGUGAACAGUGCAGGAACCCAGAGGCAGCAGCAGGAGGAGAGAGAGCAAAGAAAAGCUGAGGAGUCAUCGGUUUCUGCUAUGAGGCGCAAGUUUGAGUCCAAAGUGGCAGGAAUCUCUGCCAAAAUAAGGACCCAGUCUGAGGAGAGAAAAGAUAAAGAUGCUGAGGGAAGUCAGAAGGAGCUGGUCCCAAAGGAUUUAAAGAAAGUCACAGACUCCCCUGUUCUGGCAAUGCGGCAGAAGUUUGAAAACAAAGUGGCAGGAAUAUCCACGAAAAUCCGUAGUCAGUCUGAGGAGAGAAAAGGAGACACAGAGGGGAAGAGGACACCCCUGUUCACUCGCCAUCGUCAUUCCCAAUCUGAGGGGCGUGGACUCAAAGGAAUGGGCAUCCCUGAGAAUCAACUAGCAAAGCAGACCGGUGCUGGUGCAUCCAAGGAAUCAAUCGAAUCCACAUCAAGCAUCCAUUCUGAAAAAGCCUCAGAGAGUGACAGACGGUCACGGUGGGACAGGUGGGGUCUGACACGGGGCAAGAAGGACAAAACUCCCUCCCAGUCUGAUCUGCCUUCAUCUGUCCCCAAAGAAGAGGGUUUGUCAAAAAGCCAGCAGUUUAUCCGCUCUGCUUCAGAUUUUGCUCCUGUGUUCCACAUCAAACUGAAAGACCACGUCUUACUGGACGGGGAACCUGUCACCCUCAGCUGCCUUCCAGCUGGAAGUCCUCAUCCAGAAAUUUCAUGGAUGAAAGAUCGGAAACCGCUGGAGGAAGAUGAUAAAAUCAACCUGAUCUCCCACCCAGAUGGCAGGCAGCUUCUCAUGAUUAUGAAGUCCAGCAGGAGAGACGCUGGCAUUUACGAAUGUGUAGCUACCAACCCCAUAGCUACCAUCACCACCUCCUGUACACUAUCCAUAGCUUGUGUCCCAAAGCGGCCGGGGACGCCUGAAGUCCCCCAGACUUAUAACAACACAGCCCUGGUGCUGUGGAAGCCAGCAGACACCAAGUCCCCGUGCAGCUACACAUUAGAAAGAAAAACAGAAGGAGAUUCAAACUGGCAGACUGUGGCGACUGGAAUUGUUGACUGCUACUACAAUGUCACAAACCUGCCACCAGGUGGCGCCUUUAGGUUCCGUGUCUCCUGUGUCAAUAAGGCCGGACAGGGACCCUACAGCAACCACUCUGCUCCAGUCAGCCUGGACUCAACAGCUGAAGGUGCGUCACCCACUGUUGCCGUUGUAAAGACCGUCCCCACCCCACCUGAACCAGCAGUCCUCUCCUCAGUGACUGUGCCUCCACUCAAACCAGUCCAGAACAGCGCUCCCAGGAUAACUGUCUCCACUGUCACCUCCUCCUCCACCUCUCCAAAAGACUCAGCCUCCCCUGCUGCUGUCCCUGUUCCAGCUACAUCACCAUCCAAAGUGGUGGUCGCGCCCACGCCUCCAUCCUCUCUGCCCUCCAGCUCAACAGCAAACCCUCCAUCACCAUCUGCAGGCACAAUGACCAAGGACGCUAAAAAAAUAAGCUCCAAUCUUCCCUCCUCACCCACAGUCAAAGCACCACCACCCUUUGUCCUCCCCAAACCUCAGAGUCCAGUAAACGUGGUGACCCCUAUGACCCAGACCCCACCCAUAUCACCCCCACCUCCUCUUGUAACACCGCCUUCGACCCCCACAAAGCCAGCUGUGGUGUCCGUGCCCACGUAUGUCCCCACCACCACCGUCACUGCUCGUGUGGCCCCAACACCUGUCUCCUUUACCCCCCAAGUGCUCCAGACAUCCAGCCUGAGCCCCAUCGGUGAAGGAGCCAGCACCCCCACCAGAGGGACCCCAUCAGGACGCACUACCCCUUCCACUUCUCUACGACAGGGGGUUCCACAAAAACCCUACACUUUCCUGGAUGAGAAAGCCAGAGGUCGGUUUGGAGUGAUCCGGGAGUGCCGAGAGAACGCAACGGGCAAAAUCUACAUGGCAAAGAUCAUUCCUUACAGUCAGGAGAACAAGCAGGAAGUCCUGAAGGAGUACGAGAUCCUGAAAUCACUUCACAAUGAAAAGGUCAUGGCUCUGCACGAAGCCUACGUCACGCCACGCUACCUGGUGCUGGUGGCAGAGUACUGCACCGGCAAAGAGCUGCUGUACAGCCUCAUAGACAGGUUCCGUUACUCUGAGGACGACGUGGUGGCUUACCUGGUCCAGAUCCUCCAGGGAGUCGAGUACCUCCACAAUCGGCGCGUCCUCCACCUCGACCUCAAGCCCGACAACAUCAUGGUGACCAGCCUCAACGCCAUCAAGAUCGUGGACUUUGGGAGCGCUCAGAGCUUCAACCCUCUCAACCUCAAAAACCGGGACUCAGGAGCAGGAACACUGGAGUACAUGGCUCCUGAGAUGGUAAAAGGUGAAGUGGUUGGUCCUCCUGCGGAUAUUUGGACUGUUGGAGUUGUCACCUACAUCAUGCUUAGUGGUCGACUGCCCUUUGAGGAUAAAGACCCUCUACAAGUCGAAUCCAAAAUCCUGAUGGCGAAGUUUGACCCAGGAAAACUGUACCCAAAUGUGUCCCAAAGUGCCUCUGCCUUUCUGAAGAAGAUGUUGAGCAGUUACCCAUGGGCCCGUCCGACUACACGAGACUGCUUCACGCACGCCUGGCUGCAGGAUUCCUACCUGAUGAAGCUAAGGAGACAAACUCUCACCUUCACCUCCACCCGUCUCAAAGAGUUCCUGGUGGAACAACAGUGCCGUCGCACAGAGGACGCCACAAAGCACAAAGUGCUGCUGCGCAACUACCAGAGCUCCCCCCAGUCCCCGGCGUCUGGGACUGCGCCGCAUGUUCCCAGCCCAAAGUGAAGUGACGGCGGAAAUGCCACACCAGACAUGAGUCUGCAGAGUCUGAUCUGCCCGCAGUGAAGCAAAAUAACAACUUCUUGCAUCUCAACCUGUCUGUGAAUUACAGCUGCAUGAAAAAUGUCAGCCCUGCCAAGAGAGGCACGGGUAAACACGCAGGGGACAGACAGACAGACAGCCGGAUAUAGCUAAAAUAUCCAAAGAGAAGAACGUCCAUGUGUGAUUUUGGGAGAAUUCAACAUUCAGCACUAAUGAGUUUCAGAGGUGAGACAAAAAUACAAAGAGAAGCUCCACGACGUCUGAACUGCUCAUGAACUGUUAAUCCACUGAAAGGACACAGGAUGUUCUUUGGUUUUCUUUGAUUGCACAAUUUCUCAGUCAUAUUGUGAAUUCUGAAAUUGCACAUUAAUAUUUGGUUUAGAUUAACACUGGUCUCCACUCUGCACGAUCAGCCUGGAACAUGCGUAUCAUUAGUAUUUCUACUGCUCAACCUUGUUUAUGUCACUAAAUUUAGUAGUAAACAACUCAUGUGAAUGUACCAUGAUUUAAGCUGCUAAUUUAUUUUUGCAUUUACUUACACAUUUUAAAACUCCAAACCAAAAAUAUUCUUUUUUUUUUUCUUGAAAUUGUUUACUUUUUCAUGUUAAUUUAUUUGCAUGUGUGUGCGCGAGCCUUUUUUGAUUCACUUUUUUGAAUUGGCAUCGAGGCAAAAAAAAAAAAAAAAAAAAAUUAAAUAAUAAGGAGUGUCUUUGUGAUUGGUGUUAGGAUCCAUACAGUAAAAAUGAACUGUUUUAGGGUGAGCUAUGAAUUUGUGGUACAACUUCAUGUUUCUGUGGUUAAAACUGAUCUCUAACUGUAACACAGCUAUGAAAAGCAGUCCGUAAUGUAGAUAAUAUGUUAGUUUGAAAGGUCACGCACACUGGUAAAUUACUGUUGUUUCUCAGUAUUUCCCAUUGGUUGGUCAGGUUGCUUAAAUCAUGAUCACCCAGUCAGUGCCUAAAUCGGAUUAAUAUCUUGUAAAUGUGUCUCCACUGGUUCUAGUUCACAACUGAAUUAUUUGAGCAAAGCAAAAAUUUGACUACAAUAUCUGGACUUUACGAGAAUAGACAGAUGCGUAUAGAUUCUUACAUACAUGCACACAUUUAUACAUGCGUACAUACAGUACAUGCAGUCCUUGUAGUAAUAGAACGUCUUGUGUAUUGCUCUAUCACAGUGUUCUUUUUUUGUAUGAAUUUGGAUGGUUGAAGAUUUGUAAAUGUACCAAUUUGCGGUGUUUAUAUGUGGAAAAAUUGAAGAUGUUUUUAUGAGAUAGUAUGUAAUAAACUAUUGAUACAAUUGG